CAGUCCUGCUCUGUGUCCUAAUGAGCUUUCGAGUUUGGAAAAGGACACAACAUUACCUCUCUUCCUUAGGGAAUUUAUUCUUUUCCAGCCUUUCUUCUAAUGGGACUUUGCCUUUUUGCUUGCCUUUACAAUCUGCAAAUCAAACUUUCAGUUAUUUUUUCUUUUCUCUCAUGUGUGUAAAAUACUCUUCAUAGAUCUCAUAUAAGUCCAAGCUUGAAUUGAAAUAUCAGAAGCUGUGUUUCUUUCACUGUAUCUAAGAUCCUUGUUUUUGUUUUUUGUUCUACAUGGGAGCCAGAUUUUCACGUAUAGCGAAAAGGUUUCUUCCUAAAAGUAAAGUAAGGAUUUUGAUGGUUGGUCUUGAUGGUUCAGGGAAGACUACCAUCCUUUACAAGUUGAAGCUUGGAGAAGUUGUCACAACAGUGCCUACUAUUGGUUUCAACCUCGAGACAGUAGAAUACAAAGGCAUCAAUUUCACUGUAUGGGAUAUAGGAGGACAAGAGAAGAUUCGCAAAUUGUGGAGACACUAUUUCCAGAACGCGCAGGGGCUCAUCUUUGUAGUGGACAGCAGCGAUAGUGAAAGGUUAUCAGAAGCUCGAAACGAGCUGCAUCGCAUACUAACCGAUAAUGAACUAGAAGGUGCAUGUGUACUUGUCUUUGCGAACAAGCAAGAUUCGAGAAAUGCUUUACCUGUAGCCGAGGUUGCCAACAAACUUGGUCUACACAGCCUAUCCAAACGUUGUUGGCUUAUACAAGGAACCUCAGCUAUCUCUGGGCAAGGAUUAUACGAAGGACUUGAGUGGCUAUCGACAACAAUCCCCAACAAACCCGAACGGUCUACUUCGGUUAGUAGUUUCCGGAGUGAUUCCUAUGAGAGGAAGCUGGUCCGAGGUCCGAGGUAUUAAAAGGCUUUAAAUGGUUACUCCAACGUAAAAAACAGAACGCACCAGAAAGGGCAAGUGUAUUUUUGUACUAGCUUGUUUGGUAUACGCUCUGAUUCGUACGAGCAACCAAAAUAGCUCUCUUCUGCGUUCUAUAUUUGUAUGAUUAUGUUGUUUUGUUUUCAAUGUUUCUCAUUGAGAACCAUAUUUGACUAUUACUCAUAUUAUGGUGUGAAUAAGGUUUUCUAGGGUAUAUAUCUUUACGAGUUUACGUACACCCUUUACAUGAUGAAUAUUUUCUCGUUCUUACUUUAGAAUUUAACAUAUUUUAUUUUAUU